AUGGCUCGCGGUGCUAUUAAAGCCGCCCAGUCAGCAGGGCACGCCAUUGCUGUUCACCAGAAAUAUACUGUCCAAUCCACCGGCAUCUGGGAGCGUAUCCGCCGUCUCCUCGCCGUAGCCCCCGAGCGCUCGAACGGUGUUCCCUUGAACGCUCAGUUCCGUCUUCCUGCCCCGGGAUCCAACCCUCCUCUGGCUUAUGACGAUCCUGUCACCUUCCCCGCCAGUGACAUUGCAGAUAAUCCCUACUGGAAGCGCGAUGUUCGCCGCAACUACCCGCAGCUCAGCACCUUCACGCAGGCCGACUCUGUGAGUCUCCUUACCGUCGGUAGCCAGGCUGCUCCCAAGGAUGAUGUCCUGAAGCUCGGAGAGGCUGGUGCGCAGCAAUUGGUUGAGGUGAAGGCACAUGGUGAAGAGCGCGGCCUGGCUGCGCUCUUUGAACAGGACAAGAAGAGCAUCCAGGGCGUUCUGGGUGCAAAUGGCCUGCCGCCUCUUCCUGGCCACAUGAACAACUCGAAGCCCCAGGAGAAUCACUCUAAGUAUCUCCUAACCGAGGAGCAAUCUUACCCUGAUAAGUACCCCUGCCGCAAUUUUGCUUGA